CGCGAUUUUUGGGUCCACUUUGUUCGCUCCACUGUCGAUUGUGGCUCUCCACUCUAAGCUAUCGCUGCCAGCGAGCUCGAGUGAUCGCGACAAGGCGCGAGUUUGUCGCAAGCGAUUUCCGAGAUUGUUACUGCCUUUAAUAUCGUUACAACAGUGGGAAAGGGGGGAGUAAAAGUCAAAAUGCCACCCAAACAAUCCCGCCUCGCAAAAGAGCACAACGUCACGCCUCAGGAAGAAGCAGAGAUAAGAGAGGCGUUCAGCCUGUUUGCGGAACCGAUGGAGGGGGAGGGGAGGGAGGGGGUUAUUCCUACUCAUGAUGUUAGGAGGGCGUUGAUUGCCCUCGGCCUCCCCCCGACCUCCCCCUCGGAACUAGCGGACCUUCUCUCUAUCCUCGACCCAGACGAAGAGCUCGGCUACGCCACUUUUCCCAACUUCUUCGCCGUCUGCGCGCUCAAGAUACACAACAAGUCGCACUCUUCAGAGGAACACAUGGCCGAGGUGGACGAGGCGUUUGGGCUUUUUGCGAGCAAAGGGUCGAAUGCGAUUACGUUGGCGAGUUUGAAAAAGGUGGCCAAGUUGUUGAAGAUGGAGGAGGAGGUGAGCGAGGAGGUGUUGAGGGAUAUGAUACUUGAGGCGAAUGGGGGUGCGGGGGUGGGGAGGGGGGUUAAGAAGGAGGAGUUUGAGGGGGUUAUGAGGAGGGCGGGGGUUUGGAGGUGAUGAUUGGAGGAGGGUUGUUUAUGGGAGAUAAGGCGAAAAAAGGCUCAAGACAGAGAGGCCGAGAGAGAGGCUUGGGAUUAGAGAGGCUUUGGAGGGCAUGUUGAUGAAAAGCGAGACCGACCACGAAGACGCAACUGCUCUUCAGGGAGCAAGCAAGGAAGGUCGAGCCAAGAAGAUACGAGGAGGGGAAGGAGCAGCACCUUGGGACAUCUGUUGGCCCUGAGCAAAACGAGAAGCCUCAACAGCUCGAAGAAUGCUGCUGAUGAAAGCCGUGCCGAGGAUUGGGAUUGGGGAGGGCCACACGCCUAGCUUACACAUAGCUACAAGCUGGUAACGGGGAGAGCCAUAUUGGCGAAAUGAACCGGAAGAUAACUUCAAAUGCUUUAUCUGUACAUAUUCACCUCUCAAACGAGGAAAAUACCGAUC